AUGCGGCGAAGAACGGCCAGGUUUGCAAAAACUCUGAAGGAGGACUUGGGGGUCGGCAGUGGACUAGAGCAGUCGCGGUGUCUGGCUGCCCUGCUUGGAGAGCGUGGAGAGAAUCUGGUAUGGGCGCUGGCCGUGUGCGCAUGCGCAGCUGGCGCAGUGUCCCUGAGCUGGCAGGCGUGGCGCAAGUUCGCGGACAGCCCCAUCGUGACCUCUGUGGAGUCGACGGUAUACCCACUGUCCCGUCUGCCGUUCCCCAGCGUCACCAUCUGCCCCUCCAUGUGCGUCCGCAAGUCCGUCGCCAUUCGCAGUCUUCGCAGGUUGCUGAACGACUCCACUGUGCCGGACGAGCAGCUGGUGGCAGCAGUCCAUGCGCUCACUUUCUACAACUUUCAGGCGCCAGCUGCACGUCAGCGCCACCUGCGUCUGGCUGCCAUCGUGCUGCGGAGGCUGUGGGGCCUUAAUAUCACAGAAUUCUUGCUACAGUAUUUCACAACAUCUUUGGUAUUUAGUCGGUAUUGUUUGGGUACAGUCAGUUCGUUUGCACGCAGCGCCGGAAGGGUGCACAGGCGUGGCGACUGCAGCCUGCGGCACGCAGUGGGGCCGGGCGCCGCUGCAGGCCUGCAGGUCAUUCUCAAGCCAGCACGCCUCAGCGAGUUCCUGCCUCCACACCCCACCUUCCCUCCAGGUCUGCACAUCCAAGUACACAACCCUUUUGAAUUCCCAGACGGGCGCAACAAUUUGUUCGCUCAGGAUCGAGUGCCGAAAGUUGCUACCAUCAAGGUGUCACCUGCUUUCACCGAGAGUGGCGGUAGACGACUCAGACAGGUGCGGCCGUCGCUGCGAAACUGCUUCUUCAACGGCGAGGUGCCACUGAUGGUGUACGGCGGCUACUCGCAAAGCACCUGCAUGCUCGAAUGCCGUCUGCAGCACACUGUCAAUGUCUGCAGCUGCGAACCCUACCUCUUCCGAAACAUGCGCAGUCAGUAA